GCUCAUCAUCAAAGCAAUGACUAAUAUUUUUAUUUUAUUUUUUCAUAUAAAUAUGAGUCGUCAGAAUCAACAAAUAGUUUCAAACCUUGAUUAUUCGUUUUUUUUUCUCUCUCUCUUUUUAUUUAUUCUCAAUUCUGACUUGUUUCUUUUCUUCUUUCACAUUUACUUGAAAACACUGUUACAAAAAUGAGAGAUACUACACAUAUCAUCAGUAAUGAAAGUGGCUAUGCUGCUAACGUCUUUGCCGAAAAGGAAAGUCAAAUGUUAAAGGUCUGUGAGUAUCUUGACAAGCUUGGUUUCUUACCCAAGGAAUUGGUGCAAAAUGAAGUACAAUGGUUCUACAGUAAUUUAAAUAUAGAUGACUACUAUUUUGCCUUGGAAAGCGUGGAAACCAUUGCCAAUCACAUCAUGUCCCUUUACGGUGCUAAAAUACUUGCCUACACCAAAAACGAGAAUGUCCUCGACAUCAAUCUUCAGAAAGAAACCGCGGAUGCUGCUGUCUACAUCCAUUCUUCCACGCCUGGUGUGUCUCAGAUCUACGGUCCUCAACACGAACGUGCCAUUGAUGAAAAAUUCCUGGAUAAUUCCACGCCUUCUGAAGCCUAUCGUGUCGAAUCUUAUCGUUCCAGCUCCAAUGGCGGUGGUAAAUUGACGUCUCAGCUUCGAAGCUACUUUGUCACUCGCUGUGAAUUCGAAACCACAACGCCUACGCUUGCACAGGAAAUGGAUAUCCAACAGGUGGCCGAUAAGAACUUUUUACGUAAAGCGACCGAUUAUACAUUAAAGUUGUAUGAAGAGAUGAUGCAGACCGUCUUGCAACGCACAGGCCCUGUCAUUGAAAUGUAUGAAGUCAAAGGCACAAGAGAAAAGCGUUUGAUCAUUGGUUAUCGUCAAAGAAGCACCAAGGGAUUCUUCUCUGCGAUUUCUGAUUUGUACCAUUAUUAUGAUUUAUACUCCACUCGUAAAUAUGUUGAACAAUUCUCGAAUGGUGUCACCAUCAUCGGUCUUUACUUGCAUCCUGUGCCCAAUUCCAAGGCUGUUCCCAUUGAGCAUUCCAUCUAUCAAGUCAUGAAAGAAGCCUCUCUCUUGUACUGUUUGCCCAAAACACCUCUCCAACAUUACUUCCAAACAAACAAGCUCUCUGUUCAGGAAAUGGUCUACGGCUACGUGGCUUGGAUUUUUGCUCAACAUUUCCUAAACCGUCUUGGUAAAGAAUAUCUCAGUCUCACCUCCAUUUUGGACCGCAACAAUCCCGUGCAUGAAGAGGUCCUUUCCAAACUGAAAAAACGUCUCCGUCAAGACACCUUUACCCGUGAGUACAUCUUGGACAUCAUGAAGCGCUAUCCCGAACUGAUCAAAGUGCUGUAUGCCAAUUUUGCCACGACGCACUACGUCAAUCAGCGUGAGGCCUCUUUGCAACCCACCAUCUCCUAUCAGCGUCUCACCAACAUGGAAGCAUUGUCGGUCGAGGAAUUGAGUAAGCGUAUCAAAUCCGUCACCACCAACGCUCAUGAACAGUUGGUCUUUGAGUCUUUCUUGACCUUCAACAAACACAUUCUCAAGACCAACUUUUACCAAUCCACCAAAGUCGCCUUGUCGUUCCGACUGGACCCCCACUUCUUGCCAGAGAUUGAAUACCCUACCGCGCCUUAUGGCAUGUUCCUGGUCGUCGGCUCUGAAUUCCGUGGCUUCCAUAUUCGAUUCAGCGAUGUGGCUCGUGGUGGUAUUCGUAUGAUCCGCUCGCGUAACCGUGAAGCUUACUCGAUCAAUUUGCGUACUCUCUUUGAUGAAAACUACAACUUGGCCAAUACGCAGCAUCGCAAAAACAAGGAUAUCCCCGAAGGAGGCUCCAAGGGGACCAUCUUGCUGGACGUGGACCAACAAGACAAGCCGCUCGUGGCCUUUGAAAAGUACGUCGAUUCCAUGCUCGACUUGUUGAUUGACGGUGAGACGAUCGGCAUCAAGGACAAGCUCGUCGACCUCGUCGGCCAACCUGAAAUUCUGUUCUUUGGUCCUGAUGAAGGCACCGCCGAGUACAUGGAUUGGGCUUCUCAGCAUGCCCGACGUCGCGGUGCUUCCUUCUGGAAGGCCUUCACGACCGGGAAGAGUCAAUCCAUGGGUGGCAUUCCUCACGACAAGUAUGGUAAGACCACACGUUCGGUGCACCAAUACGUCUUGGGUAUCUAUCGCAAGCUGGGAUUGAAGGAAGAAGAGAUGACCAAGGUGCAGACGGGCGGUCCCGAUGGUGACUUGGGCUCGAACGAAAUCAAGAUCUCCCACGACAAGACCAUCGCCAUCGUCGAUGGCUCAGGUGUCCUCUACGAUGCGGACGGUAUUGAUCGCAAAGAAAUGCUCCGUUUGGCCGAGUCCCGUUUGAUGAUCAGCAACUUUGACGUCCGUUUAUUGUCUCCUCGAGGCUUCCGUGUGCUGGUCGACGAGGACAACAUCACCUUGUUCGAUGGCACGGUCGUGGAAAAUGGUCUGCAGUUCCGUAAUACGUUCCACACCAACCCCUUGGCCCAAGCCACUGUCUUUGUUCCCUGUGGCGGUCGCCCUGAAUCCGUUGGCCUGGACAAUGUUCAGCAACUGAUCGAUUGCGGCAAGGGUCCUCUCUUUAAGUAUAUUGUCGAAGGCGCCAACUUGUUCUUUACGCAAGAAGCGCGUCUUCGUCUUGAAAAAGCCGGUAUCAUUAUCUUCAAGGAUGCCUCAGCGAACAAGGGCGGUGUCACCUCCUCCUCUCUCGAAGUGUUGGCGGCUUUGGCGUUCGAUGAUGACAGCUUUGAAGAAAACAUGUGUGUCAAGGGCAGUGGUGACGUCGUGCCUGCUUUCUACGAAGCGUACGUCAAAGAAGUACAACACAUUAUUGAAAACAAUGCCCGUCUUGAAUUCGAAGCCCUUUGGCGCGAACAUGAGCGUACCGGAACCCCCAUCUCUAUUCUCUCGGAUGAACUGUCGACGGCCAUUGUUCACUUGCAAGCUCAAUUGCAAAGCUCUAAUUUGUGGGAGAAUGAAACUCUACGUACGACUGUGCUGACGAGAGCUUUCCCCAAGUUGUUGUUAGAUACUGUCGGUCUCUCCACUUUACUACAGCGUGUGCCUGAAAACUAUGUCAAGGCUAUCUUUGGUGCUUAUUUGGCUUCUCAAUUUGUUUACAAAUACGGUGCCCAUCCUGAUAACUUUGCUUUCUUUGAAUUCAUGCGUGAAAACUUUUAGGAUCUGAUCAUCUCCCCCACUCAUCAACCUAUACAACGAAACGACAACAACAACAACAUGAACGACUUUUUUUUUUUUUUUUUUUUUUUUUUCUGUUUU